AUGCUUUCAACUCUCUUCCCCGGCGUCGCUCUCAUCACCGGUGCAUCCUCAGGUAUCGGUAAAGCAACAGCAACAUCCUUCGCCCAAGAAGGUUGCACCCGUAUCAUCCUCGCCGACAUCUCCGAAGCUUCCCUCACCACAACCCAAGAAUCCCUCACCAAAUCCUACCCCAACACCCAAUUCCUCGCCAUCCCCACCGACAUCUCCUCCCCCGAAGCAGUACGAAACCUCUUCCGCAAAGCCGUCGAAAAGUUCGGCAGAAUCGACUAUGCAGUAAAUUGCGCCGGUGUUUUGGGGGCAGCAAAGAAAUCCCAUGAGAUGACUUUGGAGGAAUUCGAUCACAUUGUUAAUGUAGAUUAUCGUGGAUCGUGGCUGUGUUCGAGGGAGGAGUUGAAGGUGAUGGUUAAUCAGGAGCCACUGGAGACUCACGAUGGGAGAAAAGGGAGUAGAGGUGCCAUCGUGAAUGUGGCUAGUCAGUUGGGUAUUGUGGCCAGACCUCAAGCACCGGCAUACUGUUCAGCAAAAGCUGCUAUCAUUGGCUUGACGAAGUCAGACGCUUUGGAUUAUUCGGAGCACAACAUCAGGGUCAAUUGUGUCUGCCCUGGUGUGGUCGAAACACCACUCAUCAACGAUGAAGUGAGAAAGGCCAUCUCCAUCGCUCCUAUGAACAGAGCAGGUACACCGACCGAGAUCGCCGACUGCAUCCUUUUCCUCUGCUCACCAAAGUCAUCGUUUGUCCAAGGAGCCGCAUUGGUAGCAGACGGCGGAUACACUAUCAACUAG